AACAUGGCGGACGGACGAUGUGAACGUUUGAGUUGUAAAGAGCAGGUCAUCUUAAUAAUUUUGUAGAUUAAAACUCACAGCAUGGGCAAAGAAAAGGCAGGAGCAUUAACACCAAAAGCCAUAUCGAAUAGGAUUAAAGCUAAAGGUUUGCAGAAGCUGCGAUGGUAUUGUCAAAUGUGUCAGAAACAAUGCCGAGAUGAGAAUGGAUUCAAGUGCCACACUAUGUCGGAAUCACACCAACGCCAGCUUCUGCUAUUAGCAGAAGAUGUCGACAAGUACAUGGAUACUUUCUCCAAGGAGUUCCAAGAUACUUUUCUAAAGCUUUUGAAGAGACAGUUUGGAACUCGUAGAGUGAGGGCUAAUCAAGUUUAUCAGGAUUACAUCAGUGACAGGCAUCAUACUCACAUGAAUGCAACUCAGUGGGAAACUCUAACUGAAUUUGUAAAGUGGCUGGGGAAGGAAGGACACUGCAAGGUAGAUGAAACAGAAAAAGGGUGGUUUAUUGCAUACAUCGACAGGGAUCCUGACACCAUAGAGAGGCAAAAGGCAGCUGCGGCUAAAGAAAAGAUGGAGAUGGAUGAUGAGGAAAGACGAACUAAGCUUCUGGAAAGGCAAAUUGAAAGAGAAAGAGCGAGGAAAGUAGAUGAGCCAGAACCAGUCUUCACAGAGCUCAAACGAGACAAUGAAGAGGAAAAAGUGACGUUCCUUAUGCCGGCGGCAAAGAAGAAGGAGUCUGAUCCAGGCCCCAGCGGAGCAAUGCAGUCGAGGUCAAUUGGACUGCCAAAUCCAAUUAUGUCAGCGAGUUUGAUGCCGAAGGAAAAGAAGAAAGAGAAAGAAAAAGCCAAAGAAAGUCAAAAGCGGAAAUCGGCGCUAGAGGAGAUAAUGGAAAUGGAAGAGCAAAAAAAGAUGAAGAUAAGCCGAAAGGACAACUGGAUUGCAAAAGGAAUCGUUGUGAAAAUCAUGACCAAAAAAGUUGGAGAAAAAUACUACAAAAAGAAAGGAACAAUAAAGGACAUUAAGAAUCUAUUUGUAGCCGUGAUAAAGAUGUCAGAUGGCGGAGAUGUUCUCAAAGUGGAUCAGGAACACUUGGAAACAGUCAUACCAGCCAUAGGAAAGGCUGUCUUAAUUGUAAACGGUGCCUACAGAGGAGCAAGAGCUUCGCUUGUGUCCUUGGAUGAAAAGACCUUCUCUGUAGCCGUAGAGUUGAAAGAUGGACCCCACCGAGGGAAGAGAAUUGACAGGAUCCCGUAUGAAGACAUCUGUAAGGUUGACACGUGACAGCAAGUCCCAGAGCCACAUCUUUGGUCGCGAAAAAAUGGGAAUGUCAGCGCUGAGACGUGGGAAAAACCACACAGGAUAGUUAAUGCUACUUUGUCAUACUCAACAAAUAUAUCCAAAGAAAAGUGUUUCAGCAAUCCUCGAGAAAACGUUUGCCACAGUAUUUUACAACUUGCGUCCACAAAGCCACUAAGCCAUGAAGCCAUUUUCUUUUUUGGGUAAAAAUUUGUUUGUAGAAAUAUUGUAAACAUAUUACGUCUUUUUU